GUAAUCUAGCUUUAGUUAUUCACACCGGAAUGGCCUUUGUGUCUCUUGCUUUGCUUACUACUUUCCUAAACCCUUGAGUAUUCCUUUUUCUCUCCUGUUACCGUCUCUUUUUCGUGUUCUUGCUUCUUCCUGGUUCCAGAUUGCUUCUUUCAAGAAGGCCUGUCCUGGAGGCGAACUGAACUUCUUGAGAGCUGUAACAGCUCGCCUUUUAUAGGUUUUCGGCAGGGCUGAAUGUACCUCUAGUACGCGUAUUCUAGGCUAAAGAUGCUGACUGCUGAGCAAUGGCCACGAGUACAUGUACUAAGAACAAGGUCUUUCAGAUCCUGGUCUUCACGCACUCAGUCAUAUUCAUGGUGUUCAUCAUAUAUUUCAUUCAGAACUAUGAUGCUAUCCGUACACCUUUGAAGAUUCUUUACGAUUGCAGCAGCGCAGUAAACAGAUUAAGUAGACCCCAGAAUGCUCAUUGCGAUUCCAACAGGCUGGGACCCUUAUCCAACUGUAGCCUAGCGGACGUCAAGAUGAGGCCAGGUGUCGUCAUGCUGACAACAACAAACUUUGGCUUCAAAGACAUGACACUCAACAUGCUGGAGAGCAUCAAAAGAACAGGCGUCUGUGUGAACACCACCAUCAUUGCAGAGGACCAGAAAUGCUAUCGAUAUCUGAGCCAGAGAGCAGAGGGUGACCCUGCAGUGCACGUGGUGUUGACAAACUCAGGAGAAACGACAAGCAAGGAGAUACCUCGCCGCCAACGCAAGCAGUACUACGCAUUGUUCAAUAAACGGCAAGAAUACUUUCUAGGCCUACUGGAACAGGGCUACGAGGUUCUUUUCACCGACUCUGACACAUUUUGGUUCAGUGAUCCAUUUCCGUACUUUAAAGGAGACUUUGACAUGUCCAUGAUCGACCCGAGAUCCCCUUACCCAACUCGAACCAACAGGUCCCACUACUGUGCCGGCUUUGCUUACUUCAAGCCAACUAACGUGACGGUGCGAUUCGUGAAGGCGUGGAUUAAAACUAUGAGAGACAACGACAAGAUAGGGCGGCUGUUGGCAGAUCAGGAUGUGAUGAACAUGCUUCUACGGGGUGAUAGACCCAUGCACGUCAAUGUGCAGCCGCUGGACACCAACAUUUUCCCAUGGGGGCCCAAGUUCUACGAGCUCCUGGCUAAAAAGGCAAAUUACUCGACUGUCGUAAUGCAUGCUGCAAGCAUCCGUGGCUACGCAGCGAAGGUCACAAAAUUCAAAAGUUCGAAUAUGUGGCUAGUCAAGACGGAAUCCUCAGACUUUUUUCAACUGUAUUUGAAUGGGCUUACUUUACUGAUUACUGUUUUUAUAUCAUCUCUUGGCAUUGGAUGCUGUUGUUGCUACUGCUGUUUUUAUCGCUGUUUCAUGUAUAAUGAAGAUGGACCAACAGCAAAAGAGGGUCAUGGCAAGCCUUGAUUGACAGUGUUCUUAUUAAUUAGGUACCUUUUAAAAUCACAAGCAAGGUUGAGAUUUUAAAGUGUGCCUGAUACAUGUAAGAAGACCCUGAUGUUACACUCACACCCACAUGAGCCAAUGAAUACUGUCCAUCCACUCACCCUACCCCCCAGCCUAUGACUUGGGGUAUAGAACUCAAUCGGACAAAAUACUAUGCAAGUGGUAAUCCGAGGUUGAAGGGUUUAAACUAUAAAAUGUUACUCCCGGUCCAGAGGGACAUGAAUUGUUUACAGAGUGCAAUGAGGUCAUGUACAUAUAGUUCUUAUUCUGACAUCGUACAUGUAUGUACUGUACACGCACAUGUACAUGCACAGUAGGUGGGUUUUGUAGAUUUUGGUGAGGUUAUCGGCUAUUGAAAUACUACAAAUUGGGGAACUUUGGUAAGGUUUACUUCAUUGUUGAUAUUACAUGGACAGUUGUACUUGUUACUUGCCGGGGCCAAACUCACAACCUAGAAUCAACAAAGUUCUGAUUUCUUUUUGCAUGUUAAUUAAUGCAGGGGGGUUACAGUGCUUUGAUAUAGUGACAUUUGCCAAUGUUUUGGCAGGUUAUCGAAAUUUAGCGAAAUUAUUGAUGAGAGUACUGAGCACAGUUUUUACACUGGAAAAUUGGGCAUGUCCGGUAAACUGAUAUCGCCCGCUGAAUCACAUGACCUAUAGUGGGUAUCAAACAUCAACAAACAUGGUAUCCUCCCAUAGCAAAGUGUGUUGUAAGUGGUGUUUACCAAAAAUAAAGCCGAUUUUCGGUAUAGAACUCAUCACAUCAGCAGUUUGAGUACAGAACUGACUGUUUGCUUUAUUUGGGGGAAAUGAGACUUAUGACACACUUUACUUUGAGAGGACGUCAUUUUUUGUCAAUGUUUGAUGCCCACUGCAGGUCACUUGACCUAGCGGGCGUGUUUGGUCCAAGAAAUUGGCAUGGCCUAUACAGUGUCAAAAGGCCAUACCUAAUUAGCUUUGUGAUAGAGUGAUGCAGAUUAAGAAGCCACUCAUGAUGGAGCUACAAUGUAUCAGUUUACUGUACACAUGAUUGUACCAGUCAGUGAAGAAAUGUUUAAACAGAACUAAAAGAUUUGAGAAUCAGA